CGGAAAGAUUUUCAAGCAACUUUUUAACAAAAAAAUUUAAAGAAACAUUAUAAUCAACUCAACAACAAAAAAUUAAAUAUUAAAUGUAAAAUGGUUUCAAAAUCAAGAAAGAAAAUGAAUAAGUAAACACAAAUAAAAUAUAAACAAAACAAAACGUGUAGUAAAGAAAGUUAAAAACAAUUUCAAAACAUCUGCAUCAAUGUUCGAAUUAUUGUUUCACUAUUUGAUGCAAGUUUUCGCAUUUUGCAUUUUUAAAACAAAAAUCAACAAUUUUCAUCAUUUUUCUCAGCACUCUUCAAUAUUAUUCCCUAACUGACAGCAUGUUUGGCGUUUCAUUUAUUUCGAUAAUAAAUUAACUAUGUUUACACAAUUGAAAUUCACCAAACCGGAAUCAGAAUUCAAUCCGAAUACUCGUAAUUAUUAUUAUAGACAGACUCACAGACCUUGACAAACACAUUGAACAUGCACAUGUGCACACACACACACACACAUUCUCACAAAACGAGUAAAUACUUAAUUAUAUAUUACAAAAUUUAUAUUUAUACAUACAUUAUACAUGAUAUACAUACAUACAUAUAAAGUGCAGAAGUAAACUAAUAGGCAAUGUAGUUGGAAAUGGAAAUACAUAGAGAAACGAUACAUAAGCAGAAGGAUUGAGGAAGAGGCAGACAUUAAAUAAACUAAUUUAAAAUAGCAAAGAAAUGGUCUUUAUAUUAACUAUAUAUAUAUAUACUAUAUACUAUACAUAUGUGUAUAUUGAAUACAAUUUAUAAAUAAUAACAAACUCAAUGGCGAAGUGUGUAAAAUUUGUGCAUUCGUUCAUGAAAACAAAAGGAUGAAAGUAAACACCGAAAAACAUUAAAAAUAUAUCUAUUAUAUAUAUAUAUAUACAUACAUAUAUAUAUUCAAUUUAAUUUUUCGCUCAACACUGCGAAAAAUUGUUGAAAUCACACAUUUAAAGCUAUCAAAGAAACUAUUAAUUAAUAUUGAGAAGAAACGGAAGAAACGCAAACCAAAAACAAAAACAAAAGCAAAAACCAAAACAAAUAACACAAAACUAUGCAAGAAAAAUAUUUUAAUACUUAACAGGCGUAAUGAUGCAUUAACAAGUCUAGUUUAAACAUUAUUUAUAUGCCAUACAAGAACAUACAUAAAUAAACCUAACAUAUAUUUAUAAGUAUACAUACUACACUACAACUCCAAAUACAAAUACAAAUACAAAUACAAUACCAAAUUACAAUAACAUGAUUAUAAAAUGAUUAGAGCCAGAGCAACAACUACUUACAUGCAUUAUUAUACGAGUACAUACGACAUACGAGUAAAUGAGUAAACAUUAUUUGCGCCUUUUCUCAACUUGUUUAUUUGUUGGUUUUUUAUUUACAUAAUUCAUCUGUUUGAUAAAGAACGAGAAACGACAGCAGUUAGGCCAAAAUGCGCAGUAUAAGCUAACAAAAGCUAACAAUAAUAUAAAAAGAGAACAACAAAAUAAAUAAAAAUAUAUAUAUACUAAAUAUAAUAUGAAUAUCAAGCAAAGUUUAGGCUAAAUUUUGCCAGUUUUCAAAAGGGCAAACAUGUAAAUUUUGUUUCGUUUGCCAAACUGGGCGUCGUGUAUGGGCGACAUAUGGAAAAUAAUAUGAUAAACGAGGAGCAGAACAUUGAAAAAUAAAAUGGGAGGAUGGAGAAGAAUAUGAAGCUAGAGCAAAAGUAAACCAAGUUAUAAUUACAACAAUUAAAUUAUUAUUAAUAAAUAAUUAUUAUACAUGACAACUUAUGCAAAUGUAAUAAGUGAACAAAAGAAAAAAAAAACACAAAAUAAACAGGCGAAAAACUGGCAAGUUUAAUAAAAAAAAAAUAAAUAAAUAAGAAAAAACAUUAAAAAAAAAGAUAAGAAAAACCAAAAUGGUAAAAUUACAAAAAUGCAGAAAAAUAUAUAUUAUAUAUACUUUAUAGACAUUUAAACAGGAAAACAAAAACAAAACGCAAAGAACAAACUAAAAAAUAAAGUUACAAAUAAUAAACUUUUACCAUAAAAAUAUCAAAAAAAAUAUUGUCCAGUGUGUUUUAUUUAAACGGAAUUUCAAAUUUCAGUUUUAACAUUCACCACGAAACGUUAGCACUUUAAAGGUAUUUUCCAACACUGACACUGUUGCCAAGUAACAGUUUGCCGGCUAGCAACCGUAUUAUGAAGAUGUAAAUAUAAAGAAACUUUAACAGUUUCUGUUAAGAUGUCCGACCAACUAGAUCAAUUGGCCACCGCUGAAUUGCAGCGUCUCCAGCGCCAACAUCGAUCGCUUCAGCUAGAUCUGCGUGGUCUCCUCGAGGAGAAGGCAAAGCGUUUGAAAAAGCAGAAUCAUAUGAUCAACGUCUUGCAGUUAGAGCAUGAGAAACUAAAGGAAGAAAUCAGAACCUUGGAAGGCGGCACUCAUGCUCGCAAGAACACCAAUAAAGAAAAGCAUUUGGGUUCCUUGCAGAAGCAACAAACCGAAUUGCAAAGGGUCUUACAAAGCGAACGUACUAAUCUGUGGGAAUUAGAAGGGCACAUCAGGAAAAUGGAGAAAGAAAUCGAUGCAUUGCGUCGCAACGAAGUGCCCGACAAUUGUUAUAAGGACACCAUUUGCAAGGUGCAAAAGAGCGUCGUCAAAUUGGAGAAUCGGCUCGAUGUGGUCAACAAAAAGUGCAGCGAUGUUCUUACGGAGAAUAGCAAAAUGCGUGAUGCCAUAAAUCAUAUGCUUCAAGAUCGUGCAAACUUCAAUGACAUGUGGCAAUCGAUGGUCACCCAAUUUAAUGACGGCAAGAAACUUAUAAUGGACUUGAUUGAUCAAUCGACAAUGGCAUUUGAUCAGCGUCAAGAGCUAUGCACAAAGCUAACAGUGCUGAAGGAUCGCAAUGAGAAUGAUAAAGUCAUGCACAUACAGGAAAUGAGGGAAAUGCAGCGUCGCUUGGAGCACGAUGCAAAGUUGCAAAAGUUCUUCGACAUCAAGGGACAGAAACGUAUGAAUCCUGAACUGGAGCAACGUGAACUGGACAAGAAGCAGACUCAAAAGGAGAACUACGAGCGACAACUAUUCGAAUAUAAAGAGAUCAUCGAACAAAUUAAGCAAUUAUAUGGGGAGGAUGACACUGAUCGUUUGGUAGCUCAAUUCAAGCGCCAGGAAGAUGAAAACUUUGCACUCUUCAACUACGUAAACGAGCUGAGUCACGAAGUGGAGGUACUCAAUGAUACUACUCAAGAAUUAACCGAUGAAAUCGAACGUCAAAAAUCUGAGCAAACCGAAAAAGAACUUAAGCUUAAGACGGAAGCUUUAGAUUAUCUAAAUGAUGAACUCGCUCGCAUCGAACAACUGGCCAAGGAAACCAGCGAGAAGAAGCAAAAUCUCAGCAGCAGGUUGCAGCAACUACUUCGAGGAAUUGAAGAUAUAUUCAAAGUGCUGGCCUGUGAUGAUGCACCUAUACUAAAUGUGCUCAGCUCCAAAACCUUUUUGACCGUACACAAUGUUAAGCUAUUCAUUGGUGUUAUUGAACGUCGAGUGAAUCUAAUCAUUAGCACGAUUAACAUUGAGGAUAAUUCCAACAGAAUCUUGGCAAGAAAGGAUCGUGUGCCCAAAUUCAAUAUACGCGAAUCAGCUAAAAUGAAACAUUAAUCAUAUAUGAACGAAAGACUCAAUAAAAUGCAUUUCAAAAAUCAAUUCUUUAAUAUAAUUUAUAAUUAU